UAAAUGCUCUCCCCAGGUUUGUAUGCCUUUGUUUACAGGUGCAGGUGAAGAGGAGCCCACCGAUGCAAUGCUCGUCUAAGCGGCCAUGGAGGUGGAAUCUCAGCCUUCUACUACCUCGCAGACGAUGAGGACGCCGCUGGAAGCAGGCCCUUCCCGCCUUACCGCUCCUAUCGCCGGACAUGAUGCUGCGUCGCCCCUGGCUUCAGGUGCCGAGUUGCUGCCCAAGUCCUGGCGACAGACGCUGCCGGAAGAACAGCACGACUGGGUGGGCCGCGCGCUUUUUUUCCGAGGUCCCAAGGGGAGAGCGGUUCUCAAGUCUGGGCUGCAACUAUGGUGGCAACCUCCUAGGAAAUUGCCGUAUUACACGCAGCCCCCUGCCUCGUCCGCCGUCUUUUUCCACUCGCGCUUUUUCCUGUGGUGCCCGUACAAGCUUUGGGGCUGCAAACUGGAGUGCCCAAAAUGCAAGCACAAGCUGACGGGUUGUGGACUGUACAAGACCCUGAGAAAGGUCUUGGACCUAAGUGACUGGUACUACAUGGCCACAGAGUAUCUGGAGUGCCACGCGUGCCACAGGAAGUAUGCCGCUUGGGCCAGCAACAUCAUCGGGCAGCUGAGCACGGCAAAACAGGCAGAGUUCCCGGCGAUCCUCACCUACAGGUUAUCUUGUGACAAGAAGGUCAUACGGCAAAUGCAGGCUCGCACGCUGGGUAACGGUGCCACUCGGCUUCGCUCCUACUUGGUAGAGGAGCACUCACGAGAGUGGCAGACUCGGGCACUCGGCUACCUGGAGGUGAUGGCUCGCUUUCGCUCCGUCAGCUCCUUCCCGCUGCCGAGGGCCUGUAUCCCGCCCAUGCGCCCGCUGCCUAGCGUUUCCUGGCUGCUGUCGGUGUACGUGAGGGAGGUUCUUCCUCGCAUGGAGCACACGAAGGCCAGGAUUACGUCUACUUUCGGAAAUAUCCUGAAAAUGGACUCCACCAAGAAGAUGACCAAGAAGCUGGCAGGUGAAGCCGCGGGAACGGCUGCCUGGGUCACCAACGUCGGCAACGAGCUGGGCCAGGUGCUAAUGUCGGUGCUGACGGUGGCAGAGGGGGACGGUCUGCUGGCCAUGGCCCAGGGACUCAUGCGCCGCUACCGAGAGGCCGGGCGAGACCCUCCUCACGUGCUCUACGUGGACCGUGACUGUUGUUGCUCCGCCGGCGAACAGCCUAAGGUGGCGGCUACGUUCGGCGAGUGGGACAGGCUGGUGGUGCGCCUGGACGUGUGGCACCUCAUGCGCCGCUUUGCCAGGGGCGUUUGCACAGAGGCCCACAUGCUGUAUGGUGAAUUCAUGAACAGACUCUCGUUUGCCAUGUUUGAGUGGGACGAAGGGGACAUGAGCCGUCUGCGCGAGGCUAAGCGGGCGGAGCGUGGCGGGAACGGCCACGUCGAGCCGUCGCGCAAGGAGCUGUACCGUCACUGCCGCCGGCGCACCAGAGGAGUGGAGGAGACCACGCGUCUUGUCCAAGAGGUGCUGGAUCACCUGUGGGAUGCCAAAGACACCUUGGGCAUCAAGCUGUUUGACCAAGGCAGGAUGAAGGAGAUUUGGAGCACUCAGCGACGCCACUUGGGCUGCAUCCAGGACCCGCCUGGCGUGGCGCUUUACACAAGAACUUCCACAGUGACCAGAGGAGGGGUGGCUCUUCCCGUCUUCCGCUGUGCAAGGGGCUCCACUUCUCUGGAAAGCUUCCACCUGCACUUGGCCCGUUUCAUUCCAGGUACGUCGGCCAACGCGCGCCAUUUCCAGGUUUACCUUCUGGAGGGUCUGUGUAGGUGGAACGAGGGCCGAGGAAGAGCGGCGGUGAAAGGGACCGAUGAUGUCACGGUGCAGUGUUACGACGCCGGCCUGCAAGACGCACUCACGCAGCUGACACAAGAGCUCAUGGGUCUCACGCUGGUUGACAAUUACACCCCGGCGAGCAAGUACACAGGAGAGCUUAUUGGCAUCCAGUAUCUGUAUGCCCAGACUGGCGCCGUGCUGCAGUCCCACGUUGUGGAUGAUCCGGACAAGCCUGACUCAGAUGACAUGGAGGACGAAGACCAACUCGAGGAUGAUGAGGGUUACGAUGACGAGCCAGUGGGAAUCGAGCAGUAUACGGGUGACCGCCACUCCUCCGUGGCUCUGCCUCCCGACGAUGAGCCAGCAGAAGAGAAGGAAGAAGAAGAAGAUGUGUUAGGUCCAGACGGGAACGGCGGAUACCAGCAUGUCUGUCGCUUGGCCACCGCCCUUGUUGCGCUGCGGCGCCAAAUGUUUGUGCCGCCUCGGCAGGAGAGGCAUAUAAUAGAACUUUGGCAAAAGCUGACAGACGGAGACAAAGCGCCUCCCAGCCUUCCCCCCCGCCACGCUCCCAAGCUGAACAAGGGACGCUUCAGGGUCUCCAGGCAAAACCACUUGGAAGGGGUGGCCAGUGUAAAACGUUUGUGCAUCGGGCGGGGCACCGAGGUUGCGCACUCCCCGGCCACAAGCAGGUUGAUGGAGGCAGUCUUCAUUCAGCUGUCGAGCCACCACAGCCAAGAGCACCGCAUUUCAGGGUUCCGGCAGAGCCGAUGGUCACUGAUCAUGCGGGACUACACGCGCAUUCGCGGGAACCUGUCCGGCAACCGGGCCAUCAAAGCUGCUGGCUGCAGCAUUCGCCUCCUGGAGGUCAACCACCGCACGCUCACUCAAUGGUUCAACAAGCGGUGUAAGGACAUGGCCACUGCUGAUGUUGUUGCGACGGUGCCAGCACAAAGUGCAGCAGCGACGACACGGUCCCUUCCUGCAGCCAGGGAACUGAUGGUAGACGUCGCACAACCCCAUGACGCGCACGACUUUCAGCACCCAGCUGACACAUCUGGGCUGGCUUGCACACGAAGGGGGCCUGUGGUGCCAGAACUCUACCGUGCUGUUGUUGCUGCUCCUGCUCCUCCAUCAUCAUUAUCAUCCUCGGCUGCUGCUGCUCCUGCAUCAUCAUCAUCAUCAUCAUCAUUAUCAUCCUCUGCUGCUGCUGCUCCUCCUCCUCCCAGGAUACCACACUCAACAGCCUGGUAUCGGAAAAAGAAGGCACUUAGCCUAGGUGGUAUUAUGGAUGCCCCUCCCAAGCGAACCGAGACAUUCAAGUGCAAACUCUGUGGGCAACCAAAGAAGAAAGAAUAUGGCCACAGUCGCUACAGAAACGAGACCUUUUGCGCACGUUCACAGGGGCGUUCGGUGGAGGAGUGGUUGGCUGAGAAAAGGAGCCAGGACACACAAAGACAGAGGCAGGCAAGAGCAACCCAGCCACCUGCACAGACCACAAGAGCAACCCAGCCACCUGCACAGACCCCUGUGCCCAACCCACAGACCCCUGUGGUGCCCAACCCACAGACCCCUGUGGUGCCCAACCCACAGACCCCUGUGGUGCCCAACCCAUACGCCCAUUCUAUGUUGUUGCUGCGGAAGAUUUUACCAAAACCACCUCUGUAACCUUAUGACUUAGCUCUCUGUUUUUUGCAUUGUCCCUUUAAAAAAUACUUGUGAAUACUCUGUAAAUACUUUGUACAUGACUUUUUGCAUUGUAUAGUUUUAUUGCAUCUUGUCUUAUAUGUCUGCUGUAAUGAAUACUCUGUAAAUACUUUGUACAUGACUAUUACAUUGUAUAGUUUUAU